GUCUCACUCUUCCAUGUUUGACCACUCCCACCUCUCUCUGCUUCACUGCCCGUGGCUUCCUCUCUCUCUCUAUCCUCUUCUCGAGACGACGAGCAGCCCCUUUCACUGCUGGAGCAGAAGAACCUUUUCUUGUUUGGUCUCUGUUUCUUUCUCUGUGAUUGUUUUUUCACUGCUAAAAUGGCAGCUUCCUAAUCCUCUCCUCGAGCUUCAUUUUCUAGGCCUUUGCACGAAUGGAAUCCAUCUAUCACAUGAUUCUUUUCUUCCCCUCCAUUAUUGCUUUUAUCCCCCCUCUUUAUUUCAUCAUCCUCAUCGUUUUGAGCAGAGAAUCACUGCUGUUUGCGAUAAGCCAUGUAGUAGAUACAAAGCUAACUAACCCAAAAAAACAAAGAAUAUAAAUUUAUUACUAAUAAACUUCUUUCCAGUUCUUUUGCAUCAUUGGAUCGUCGUUUCGUUCCUCUGUAAUGUUCUGUAUUUUUCUUUCCCAUUGUAUCAUUGUACGGCUUUUCUGUUUUCUGCAGUGGUUUCGUGUUUUCUUUACGUUUUCUGUGCUCUAGUUUGGGAGUGAGGUCUACUACAUUGUGUUUUCUUAGAGUGUUUUGGGAAACCUGGGAUUUUCUCAUGGAUUUUGUCGAGAUUUCUUGGCUUUUUCUGUAUGGAGUGGAUUUGGAACUUGAGAUUUGAGCGUAUUUGGUUUUUACAAAGUAAUUCCGAGUAUUUUUGCUGUGGGUUUUGGUGAUCUUAGUCACUCAUCGUCUUUUUCUUACUUCUUGGUUUGGACUUUGGAGAGAUGAAUGAAUCUACGGGGAAAACGACAUCGUGUCUGGCGAUAACGGAGAAAAGGCCUCACCGGCCUGGUGGUUGUGUGGGCAUUUUCUUUCAGCUCUUUGAUUGGAACCGUAGAUUUGCUAAGAAAAAGCUCUUCUCCAAGACAUUGCUUCCUCCAGCUCGUGCAAAGCAGUCGUCAAAGAAGUUUAGAGGGGAAGAGAAGAUGCCCAAAACCAAAUCUCAUUUGAUUGCCGAUGAGAACAGCAGGGGGUUCCCCAACGUAAAGAAAAAUGGAAGCCGUAGUGAUAAUACAGAGCAGAAGCAUGAAAUGCGAGCCGCCGGUUUGGUUGCUAGGCUUAUGGGUCUUGAAUCUUUGCCUGCAGUGCACCGAGGGAAGCACAAGAAACUUUCAAAAACUCCUCCUUGUGAUGUUAGAGAAGAGAAAUUUGUUAAUAGUCAUAGCGGGUCUGAUAUGGAAGUUGUGAACUUGGAGAAGGGAAGCUCUAAGAUUGAAUCUAGGCCUCAAAAGCUUCAAAAGACUGGCCAGUUUGAGAGACGGGCAGUGACUAAGUUUGGAGCUGAGGCUUUGCAAAUUAGGAAUGUAUUGUCGAGAGCAAGAAAGCAUCAUCACCCCAAGCUUGCUUCACCAGUGAAGAGUCCUAGGAUUUCCUCUUCCAGGAAUGUGUCUAGGGCAUCCAGAUUAAUUGAUGCUGCUACUCGGAUUUUGGAACCUGGGUUGCAUGCUACCAGUAGAGCAAAAUGUGCUCUUACUUAUUCAAGUUCUACGAAUUAUGUUCCCAAGAACGAAGUUUUGAUGGAUGCAAUGGGAUUGGGAGUCGUUUCACCAGAUAUACUGAAACAACAUAGAAAUGAUGUCAACUAUAAUAUGGGUGUGGACAAGUCUUUGAUGGGGCAGACUUCUUGCAAAAAUUGUGGAGAUUUGCUUGAUGUGGUGGAUUCUAAACCGAACGUGGAGGAGCAGCCAUUUGUUUGUCAAUCCUCAGCUGCAAAUGUCCCCAAUAACUCUUUGCAGGGGUUGGAGAGGAUUAAGCCAAGGCCAACCAAUUCUUCCCCUGAACAAGAAAGGGAUGUCGCUUAUCAUAGAAAUCAGGUUCAAUCCGCUGAAAGACUAGAUAGCACAAGGGCUUGUAGUGAACUCAUCUCAGAUAGGAAACCUGUGUCUUCAGAGGGCCAAAUGUCACGACAAUUGAAAAGCCAACAGUGCAGGCCUCAAAAGGAUCAGCCUUCUUCUAUUGCUUUCCGGCAAAGGACUGAGAUCCGAAAUGAGAUGUCAGUAGCCAAGGGUAGAAUUCCACCAAGAGCUAAAUUAAACAAUCUGCAAAGCAGGAGAGCUUCUUCAGCUGCCAAUGCUAUUACCGGAGCUAAAGAUUUUGUUGCUUUGAACAGAAGUUUAAGCAGUCGCACCAGGCCAAGAGUAUCCAACAAGGCAGAUAAUUAUGUGGUAGAUAAAGAGAGAAAAUUUUGUAGCAGGCGAGAUGAUUCCUUGUCGCAGUUAAGGACCCCAGUGCGAAAGAGGAGGACUGUAAGCGUCAAUGCACAACUUGAUAGUACUGGACUUGUUGAUUCAACUUCUAUGAGACAGAAAAACGUUAAGUGUGAUUUUGUGAGUGGAAAAGAACUGGAGCAUAAUGCUUCCACUGCAGACCGUGAAAGCAUCAAAACCAGAUCGGCCAUUCAGGGGGAAGGUCAUAGAACUAGUGGCAAUAGUAAGGAUGAUAUCUUAUCUUUCACAUUUAGUCCCCCAUUGAGGCAUAAAAAUUUCGUUUCCUCAGGGCUGAAAGAUAUGAGGGAUCACAUUGAUAAAAAUACUUCUCAACCAAGAAAGCUACCAUCUGAUGAAAGUGAUGGCCAAACAUCUUUGCAAAGACAAGUGCCAUUGAGAGGAGAUACUUUAGGGGCACUUUUGGAGCAAAAACUAAAGGAAUUGAUUUCUCAAGAAGAGGAAGAAUUGACAAAUGGAGGUGCCAUUCAUAAGAGAUCAACUGCUAUGAUUUUGCAAGAACUAAUAUCAGCUUUAACUUCACAACAGCCUUUUUCUCCAGAUGGUCAUAUGGUCAAUGCAGAAACAACUUUCCAGACGGAAGGAAGGGUAGGAGGAACUUCAGUUGGGUUUUCACAUGAUGGUGACCACCACCUGAGUCCUGGAUCUGUUCUUGAAGCUCCAUUCUCAAACGACAGUUGCUUUUCUAGCAGUCUGGAUGAUAGCUCAGGGCGUAGGCUGCUCUCUGACUCCAUGGAUUACUCAUGUGAUAUGCUACAACCAAUAGAAAUUGACACUGAUCUUCUGGAUUCUGCAACCUCUAGAAAUGGAUGUACAAGUACCAAAAUAGUGACUGAUCUUCUCAACCGCAUUUCUAGAAUAUUACUGAGCAUCGAUCUUGCUGAUGGAUUAACAGGAAGCAGGCUCACCUAUGCCAAGGAGGUGAUCUUGGAUUCUGAGCUGUUGUUCGGAAGUGCAGCUCAACGUAAUUCAGAUAGAAUGAAAAGUUUCCUGAGAGGUCCUAUAACCAUUCUAUUUGGUGAACUUGAAACUCAUGCUAGUGCCUCGUGGACAAAUUUCAAUGCCCUUGGUUUUGAGGAGAGCAAGGAGGGUAGCAAAGAUAGUCAAGUUAAAAGGUUUCUUUUUGAUUGUGUGAUAGAAUGCUUUGAUUCAAAAUAUAGCCGGUACUGUAACUCAGGAUUCAAAGCAUGGAGAGGAGUGCCCUUGUGCAUGAAUGCAGAAAUGCUGAUUGAAGAGGUUGGGAAAGAGAUCAGAAGGUGGACAAAUUUGGCUGGGAUGAUUCCAGACGAGAUAAUAGAAUGGGAGAUGAGUCAUUCCUUGGGAAAAUGGACGGAUUUUGAAAUUGAAUCUUUUGAAACUGGAUCUCAGAUUGAUUGGGAUAUACUUCAAGUUUUGGUUGAUGAACUUGUGACGGACUUUUGCGGUUGCAGGCUGGGUUACUUGUGAAAUGCCCAAGCGUUUGUAAGUUUCUUUUUGUUAGUAAUGGAAAUUGUCACAAGCUUAACCUGUGUCUAACCUGGGAGUAGCAUGGUUGUCCAACGUGAUGGAUGAUUUUUAAAAUGGCUAUUGACUUUGUAAAUGCUUGCCUGUA